AUGGACUUUUUUGCUCAUUUUAAGAUCUGGGUCUUGACCCUGAUCUUGAUUUUCCAAUCUGGAUAUGGGUUUUACCUUCCUGGUAGUUACCCUCACAAAUAUGGUAUUGGUGAUACGUUAUCAGUGAAAGUGAAUUCUAUCACUUCUAUUGAGACUGAGAUUCCUUUUAGCUAUUAUAGUUUGCCUUUCUGUAAGCCUUUAGAGGGUGUUAAAGAUAGUGCUGAAAAUCUUGGUGAGGUUCUAAUGGGAGAUAGGAUAGAGAACUCACCUUAUAAGUUUAAGAUGCACACCAACGAGACCGAUAUCUUUCUGUGUCAAACCGAUCCGCUGUCGGGUGAUAACUUUAAGCUUUUAAAGAAGAGGAUUGAUGAGAUGUAUCAGGUUAAUUUGAUUCUUGAUAAUUUGCCUGCGAUAAGGUAUGCUAAGAAGGAGUCUUAUUUUUUGAGGUGGACGGGGUAUCCCGUGGGGAUUAAGGUUCAGGAUGGUUAUUAUGUGUUUAAUCACUUGAAGUUUACUGUACUUGUUCAUAAGUAUGAGGAGGCCAAUGUGGCACGUGUGAUGGGGACUGGAGACGGGUCCGAUUUGAUUCCUACGGUUGGGAGUGGGGGAUCAGAACUUCCUGGGUAUAUGGUUGUGGGGUUUGAGGUGGUUCCUUGUAGUGUCAUGCAUAAUGCUCAGUCUGUUAAGAACUUGAAACCGUAUGGGCAAUACCCAUCUUCUAUUAAGUGUGAUCCCACCACUGUGGCAAUGCCAAUUAAGGAGAACGAGCCAAUUGUUUUCACUUAUGAGGUUACAUUUGAGGAGAGUGAUAUCAAGUGGCCGUCAAGAUGGGAUGCUUAUUUGAAGAUGGAAGGGUCUAAGGUCCAUUGGUUCUCAAUCUUGAAUUCUCUGAUGGUAAUCACUUUCCUUGCUGGUAUUGUCCUGGUCAUCUUCUUGAGGACUGUCAGGCGGGAUCUGACCCGUUAUGAGGAGCUUGACAAGGAAGCUCAAGCCCAGAUGAAUGAGGAGUUAUCUGGGUGGAAGCUUGUCGUGGGUGAUGUUUUCCGUGCUCCAACUAAUGCUGGGCUAUUGUGUGUUAUGGUUGGAGAUGGGGUGCAGAUUCUUGGGAUGGCAGUUGUGACAGUAAUGUUUGCUGCCCUCGGAUUCAUGUCUCCAGCUUCCCGCGGAUCUCUGAUUAUAGGCAUGCUACUUUUCUACAUGAUUCUUGGUAUUGCAGCUGGUUAUGUUGCAGUUCGUCUUUGGAGGACAAUUGGCUGUGGCGAUAAGAAGGGGUGGGUUUCAGUUUCUUGGAAGGUUGCUUGCUUCUUCCCUGGCAUUUCCUUUUUGAUUUUAACCACUUUGAAUUUUCUACUAUGGGGUAGCCAUAGCACUGGUGCCAUUCCAUUCUCUCUGUUUGUUGUUCUGAUUUUCAUGUGGUUCUGCAUCUCGGUUCCUCUUACCCUAGUUGGGGGGUACUUUGGGGCGAAGGCGCCUCAUAUUGAAUACCCUGUUCGAACCAAUCAGAUUCCUCGGGAAAUCCCAGCUCAAAAAUAUCCGUCUUGGCUAUUGGUCUUUGGAGCUGGAACUCUUCCCUUUGGCACACUCUUCAUUGAGCUCUUCUUUAUCAUGUCUAGUAUCUGGAUGGGCCGUGUUUACUAUGUUUUCGGGUUUCUCUUGAUUGUUUUCAUCCUUCUUGUGGUGGUUUGUGCUGAAGUAUCUCUUGUCUUAACCUACAUGCAUCUCUGUGUGGAGGACUGGAAAUGGUGGUGGAAAUCCUUCUUUGCUUCUGGUUCAGUUGCUAUCUACAUUUUCCUGUACUCCGUGAACUAUCUCAUAUUUGAGCUUAAGAGUUUGAGUGGCCCUGUCUCGGAAGCACUUUACCUUGGGUACUCUCUCUUGAUGGCUUUGGCAAUCAUGUUUGCAAUGGGCUCUGUUGGGUUCCUUUCAUCUUUCUGGUUUGUGCACUACUUGUUCUCUUCAGUGAAGCUGGAUUGA